UGUUUAUCUAUUCAAAAUUUCCGGUCACUUCAAAACAUGUUUCGAACUUUCUUCAACAAAAUUUUUUAAUAUUUAGGGUAUAAAGAAGUAUAUAAGGAAAUAAGAUAUUUGCUAACGUGCCAUUGACAAGGUGUACAAGAAUAUAGAGCCCGAAGAUAACAUUCGGAAUGCAACCAUCACGUUUUCCUAUAUAUAAUAAAUCGUAAUUCACGCUUAACAACAAUUUCUCGUUGGGACAUAAACUUCUAAUUGGGAUCCAAAAACACGAGUUUUGUAACAAGAAUUGUUGGCCUGACGUAUACUAGAUAUUUAAUACAUAAUCAUUUAAUAAACAAGUGAAAAUGAUUAAAAGUUCGAUAUCUGGCAAUGCCACUAAACCUGAAAGUAUAACAUUAAAAUAUAAAGGUGAUGGAACGUCUGUGUCACCUAAGGAUAGACAAUAUGGAGGAGAUACAAUAUUUCAAAAUAAUGGUUGCCCCUUAACAAGUGAACAAUUCUUAAGAGCAAGACAGAAAUUUGUUCUUCUUGAAAAUGCAAAUAGUACAAACGAUGGGAAUGCCUCAGCAGGAAAAGAUGUUAAUAAAAACAAAAACAGUUCCAAACCAGUUGAAGCAAAUAGAAAACUUCCGAAGGAGUUUGCAGAGACAAGUUACUCAACCAUUAACAUUGAACAUGAAAUCAACCCUCGAUUUCAGCCUCUACUCUAUGAGGGUGAUGUAGAUUUCGGUAUGUCGCCCAAAUCCACUUUCAAACGAAAGGAAAAAGAUGUCACAUUCGUAGAUUACUACAAACAACCAACACACAUAGGCUUGAUAGUUUGCCCACGCGAGAACAUGCCACGUGUCCAAACCUAA